UUUUACCCCAGAGGAGAGAGAAAGAGAGAGAAAGAGCCGAGACUGUGUUGGGAGUGGUCUGUUGGGGAUGUGAUGUCAGACCCAAAAUUGAGUCUUCCCGUGCUAUCCCCUCCGCCUUCCCUCGGACCGCCACCGCUUCCUCGCCCUUCUCCCCGCCUCCGCCUCCCAGCCAACCCCUUCCCCGUCAUGGUCAUGGCUACGACCGUCCGGGAGACCCCCCGGAAUCCAGAGUCCAACACCUGAAUACCACCGCUCCCCACCGUCGGGGCAUGGCCCAGAACCAGGCCCCAAUUGGUGGAGCUCCGGCAAUUCACCACCACCACCACCACCAUCACCACGUGUUCAAGCCCUCCGAGAAGCCGACCGCCGUCCAUAACAUGUUCUCCGGCAAUGAUUCCGGCGGCUCCGACUCACAGUUCUUCUCCGGCCUCCUCCCCGGCGCCAUGGCGUCCACCGCGGACUCCCCCGGUGUCCUCGUCGUCGGUCGCAGCCCCGACUCCAAGUCCCCCGCAGGGCAGGCGCAGUCAUUGCUGAUCCACUCGCCGGAAUCCUCCGCUUUCCUCGCCGGCGACCAGGGUCACUUUGAGAUUUCAUCUUCACAGGUGCUGGCUGAAGUUGCUCACUCAGCUCCUCAGGUUCAAAGACAUGUCCAACUUCAAUCCGAGUACUCGCAUACGGCAGCGCCGGCAGCUGGGGGCGGCGUGACCGUGCCUACACAGGGAGUGGAUUCAUUGACACCUUCGUUGGAGGUCGCUUUGGUUGUCCAGUCCGAUCAGAAGAAUUAUCCUGCUCCCAUUCCGUCGGAUGAUGGAUAUAACUGGCGAAAGUAUGGGCAGAAGCAGGUGAAGGGUACAGACUACCCCCGGAGCUAUUACAAAUGCUCGCAUCCUGAUUGUUUCAUGAAAAAGAAGGUAGGCAGGUCGUCAGACGGCCUGGUGACGGAAAUCGUUUACAAAGGCCAGCACAACCACGAACCACCGCAGCAGACGCGGCGUGCCAAGGAAAGCAUGUCCUCCAGCGGGAAGAUUGAUGGUGCUGAUGGAAAGGACAAUGAUAGGAACACUGGUUUACACGGUGCGAGUGCUCCUAUUGGAAAGAACGAUGUGGUGGCUCCAGCAAAAGAAAAUUUGGGUCUGCGGGAAGAUCAUUUAGGUACUAUUUCACAUAUUGUCAGAAAUGAGAGCUUUGACAAGAGGGCAGCCCAUUUGAACUCAUUGGGCAAUUCUGCAAAUGUUGCAGAAAGUGCCUCUUCUGUUUGGAGUGGUGGCAAGAACGGGGCUGUCGAGGGAAAAGGAACCAAGGUUGCUCAAGUUCGCACUCUUAAUAAUGCAGGAAAGGAUUUAUCUGCUAAGUCCACCGGGAAGAAUGACAAUUUGUAUGGGAAAGCACCUGCCCCAUUGCAAACCCAGUCCACGAGUUAUGCUGGUGGGAACCUUUAUGAAGCCAAUUCUUCUUUAUCAAGAAGAGAUCACGAUGGUCGGCCUCCGUCGCCAAGACAAUUAUCUGGAUCCAGUGACUUUGAUGACGAGGUUGAUGCCGAUGUUGUGUUGGAUGAGCGGCAUGGAAUUGAGCCACUCUCAAUAGAAAAGAAUAUGGAUAUUUUGAUGCUUGAUUCAGCUCCCACGACUCCAAAGACGCCAAGAGAGACUAGAGUCGUAGUACAUUCGACUAAUGAGAAGGAUAGCAUGGAUGAUGGUUACAGGUGGCGUAAAUAUGGGCAGAAAAUUGUAAAAGGGAAUCCUAAUCCCAGGAGCUAUUACAAAUGCACACAUAUGGGGUGUAAUGUUCGUAAACAUGUGGAGAGGGCUUCAAAUGACUCAAAUUCUGUCAUAACUACAUAUGAGGGAAAGCACAACCAUGAUAUGCCAGCUGCUAAAAAUUCUGGCCUUGAUACACCAACCACUUUAGUUGCUAAUACAGACAAAAAGUUGAAGACAUCUAAAUCUAGUACUGUUCAGCAGUCUGCAGCACGGCGAGCAUUAUCUGCUCAGGGUACAAAUGAAAUGGCACAUUCAAGUCCUACGAAAGUGUCUGGAAGUAAUCAAGGUCAGAUCAUAAGAUCCACCUCUUCCAAAACUGGUAUGGGAUCCAAGAACCAAAAUGCUUUGCAACAACCUUCACUGGAUGAAAAUCUCAUAUCUGCUUCAAUUGCUAACGAGUCUUCUAAUGCCAAAGCAUUGACAUAUCCCUCACAAGUUAUGAGGGAACCACUUCCUCCUGCAGUUGUGACAAACCAUGCGUUGAGCAUUGGACAAGAGUUUGCUGAUGCUAAAAGUUGUCGGCGAGCAAUAAAGGAGAUUGCUAUUGCACUAAGGUUUGAUUUUAAAACUGUCAAAUCUAACCCAACUUGCUUUACAGCAAAGUGUUCAAAGGAAGGUUGCCCAUGGCGUGUACAUGCUUCAAAGCUUCCAUGCGGUCCAAGUUUCACAAUUAGGACUCUUAAAGGAAUACAUACUUGUGGUGGAAUUGCUAACCUUAGUCAUAAACAAGCGUCAGUUGACUGGGUUGCAAGUGUUGUGCAGCAGCGGUUGAGAGAAAACCCUCGAUAUAAGCCUAAAGAGAUUGUUCAGGAUAUUCUUCAAGAGCAUGGCAUCUCUAUAUCUUAUAAGCAAGCUUACCGUGGAAAGGAACGCAGUAUGGAGAACAUUUAUGGAUCCUAUGAGGGAGGAUAUCGUCUUUUAAAUGUAUACUGCAAGCAGAUUCGGAACAUCAAUCCUGGAAGUGUAGCUUUGGUCUUGACUGAUGAGGUAGAGCACCGGUUUCAACGGCUUUUUGUUGCUAUACAUGCUUCAAUCUAUGGGUUUGUGAAUGCUUGCCGACCACUUCUUGGAAUUGAUGGAGCUCGUUUAAAGGGAAAAUAUUUUGGGGUUAUAUUUUCUGCUACAGCAAUUGAUGCUGAAGGUGGAUUGUUUCCAUUGGCAUUUGGUGUGGUUGAUGUUGAAAGCAAUGAAAAUUGGAUGUGGUUCCUCUCUGAACUGCGCAACCUAUUGGAGCAAAACAUGGAAAGUAUCCCAAUGCUUACAAUCCUGUCAAACAGGCAGAAGGGUGUUGUUGAAGGAGUUGCUGCAAAUUUUCCAUCAGCAUUCCAUGGAUUUUACUUGCGCCAUCUGAGUGAGAAUCUCAAAAAGAAGUUUGGAAAUAAGGCAUUAGUUAGGCUGUUCCUGAAUGCAGCCUAUUCCCUGACAAUAACCGAUUUUGAAGGUAAUAUGUCAAAAAUUGAAGAAAUCUCGACUGAGGCGUCUCAGUGGGUCCGCCAAAUUCCUCCUCAUCUAUGGGCCACAUCAUACAUCGAGGGAGCUCAAUUUGGUCAUCUGACAUCAAACAUGGUGGAACAAUUUAAUAGUUGGGUUCUUGAAGCUAGAGACCUUCCAAUAGUGCAACUGAUUGAGCACAUUCACCAAGGAUUGAUAAAUAGAUUUCAGAAACGGCUAGAUCUGGCAAUGACAUGGGCGUCCAUGUUUGUUCCUUCCAUUGAGAAGCGCCUGUCUGAGACGCUUAGCUAUGCACGUCGGUGCCAGGUAUUUCAAGCAAACGAAGUAGAGUUUGAGGUUCUCUCUACACAAGGAACUCAUGGUGUCAACAUCUGUGAUCGUUACUGUUCCUGUCGUGGUUGGCAGAUAUACGGCAUCCCAUGCACUCAUGCUGCAGCAGCAUUGCUUUCUUGUCAGCAAGAUGUGCAUCAAUUUGUUAAUAAGUGUUUCACCGCAGAAAAUUAUAGGAAGGCAUAUUCAGAACCCAUACACCCAAUCCCAGAUAAAAGCCUCUGGAUGAGACCUUCAGAUGGGUCGGAAAAGCGUGCUGGUAGUGAUAGUGAUGAUAUGAUUGUGCACCCACCACUGUCACGAAGAUCAUUAGGGCAGCCUCCGAAGAAGAAGAUUCGGAUGAAGGAUCAUCCUUGAGAAGCAUUGUACAUUUGAGUUCGCUAAAAUUUAGAAUGUGUAAAGUGCUGCACUGGUAUAAAUGUUAUAUCAAUAUGUGGUUCUUAGAGGCAAGGAAACAAGGCAGGUUAUUUAUGAAA